AUGGCCAACUCCAACCUCCAUCGCGAUCCUCAUCCUCCUACCACUGAGUCCGAUAGCUCUUCCUUCUCCUCGAACUUUGUCGAAGUCGCGCCUCCAUCAAUAGAGGAUUCAACCUUGGUACCGUCGAACCUUUCCUCAAUGUCUCCGCUUCACUUUGCGCCGGGUGUUAGCGGUAACAACACUUCGGAAAGCGGGAUGGAGCAAUUGAGUACGUCGGCUGCAAAUACAAGCCGUCCGCAGCCCGGGUCGGCGGAACUUCCUCGAUUACAAACGCAUCUUUGUCGUGACCACGCCGAUGACAUUGGCUCAGGAGAUGACGACGAAGGGCAGUCGGCAGAUGAAGCGCAAAAGUUCAUGAAUGUCACUGAUACCUAUGACGAGGAAGGAUAUGAUUCGGAAUUAGAAUAUAAAACUCGCCAUCGAUUGCGAAGACAAAUAAGCAUGGGCGCAGGUGCCAAUGCUGAGUAUACGGCGGAAGAAGAGAAAGAAGUUGUCAAGAGACUGGAUAAGAGAUUGGUAUUAUUCUUGGCUGUUUUAUAUAUGCUUUCUUUCUUGGAUCGGUCGAAUAUCGGCAACGCCAAAAUUGCCGGUUUAUCAAACGAUCUGAAACUAUCAUCAUCGCAGUAUGAAUGGCUUCUUACAGCAUUUUAUAUCACAUAUAUCGCCUUUGAGUGGAUGGCUUUAAUGUAUAAGAUAGUCCCGGCGCAUAUUUAUAUCCCAUUGUGCGUUUUUGCCUGGGGAAUACUAGCAUGCUGUCAAGCUUUGACCCGAGGAUUCUGGGACCUGCUCAUCAUCCGAGCAUUGCUAGGUGUCUCCGAAGCAGCCUUUGGCCCCGGCGCGCCAUUUUAUCUAUCUUUCUUCUACAAACGCGAAGAACUCGCGUAUCGUACCGCACUUUUCAUAUCUGCAGCCCCACUUGCUACUUCAUUCGCAAGUAGUGUGGCAUGGGCGAUUGUGGAAUUGAGCAGCAAGAUGCCUAUUGCACCAUGGCGUUCGCUGUUUUUGAUAGAAGGGUUUCCGAGUUUGGUGGCGGCAGUCUUUGCCUGGUUGUUGAUUCCGGAUUCGCCGGGAAAGGCGAGCUUUUUGACGCCGCGACAGAGGAAGGUGGCUAGAUUGCGGUUGCAGUCUAAGAAUAAGAUUGAGAGGCACAAUUCGCCGUCUGCUGCGUCGGAGAAGUUUAACUGGAAGGCAGUGAUUGAGACAUUGUGUGAUCCGAUGUCGUAUCUCAUAGCUUUCAUGUUUUUCGGCUGCAAUGUGGCAUUCAGUUCGAUGCCGGUCUUUCUCCCCACAAUCAUCAACAACAUGGGAUACUCUUCCAUAACCUCGCAGGCUCUUUCAGCGCCUCCAUUCCUGGUAGCAUUCGUAGUAGUCCUUGUGACAGCUUCACUCUCCGACCGCUCCCGCACCCGAAGCCCAUAUCUAAUCUUCCACGCCCUGAUAUCUGCAACAGCCUACCUCAUCAUCGGACUCACGGGACAUUUCCAUUCACACAUACCCACCUCUGUCCACACCAUGAUCCGAUAUCUAUGCAUCUACCCCGCCACAUCCGGCUUCUUCUCCGCCGUUACAAUUAUCAUAACCUGGAGCAUGGACAACCGCACCGCCCAAGAAGGCAAGGGGAGUAGCGUCGCCAUCUUGAAUAUAGUCGGACAAUGCGGCCCGCUUAUAGGCACCAGACUCUAUCCCGAUAGUGACAAGCCAUGGUUUGUGCGUGGCAUGUUGACGUGCGCUACGUUUAUGUUGGUAGUUGCCAUUCUAGCGUUUUCGUUAAGGUUGGUAUUGUUGCGUAAGAAUAGAGGGAUAGUGGGGAAGAGGGAACAGAUGGGUAUUGAGAUGGCUGAAGGGGAGGGAUUGAUUGAUCGUGGGAGAGAUGGGUCGAUGCAGGAUGAAAUGUUUACAUAUAUUGUAUGA